AUGACAAACACGUAUGAGGAAGAGGAGAAGGAGAUGGGGGAAGAGGAGGAGGUUAAGGAGGAAGUAGAAGAGGAGGAAGAAGAGAAGCUCCGAAAUGGCCUGAAAACGAACAUGCUUUUGAUCGCCACCAUCAUGUCAGUGAGUCUUGGAGUGAUUCUGGGAAUGCUGACUCGUCGGCUUAAACCAACUCCUGAGACAGUCAGUCUUAUUGGUGUCCCGGGGGAAGUGCUCAUGCGCAUGUUCAAGCUUUUAUUGCUGCCUCUCGUUACCUCAAGCAUGGUCUCAGGCCCUUUAAAAGCACAAGGGAUUGUGAAACUCAAUCACUUUGAGAAAAUGCCACGCUUGACACAAGAUGAAAGGAAUCAGGCUAUCGGUAUGGUCAGCCAAGGUGCUUCAGAUGUGAUGAUUGACAGGCGCUUUGAUGUGCAUCCAUCCACUGUUGAUCGACUCAGACAACUUUUUGGGGCCACCGGAAGUGUGGCAAAUUUGAACCAGUCACGUGGUAAGUUAGGGAUCAUGGCGCUGACUUAUUAUAUUUGCACAACUGUCCUCGCCACUGUCCUCGGAAUCGGACUCGCGCUCAUUGUACGACCAGGGCAGGUUAUGAAAUCUAAUUCAAGUUCCAUAGCGAUCCAUGACGAACCGUUACCCGAGACGACGGACGCCAUAUUGGACCUGUUGAGAAACAUCAUUCCCGAAAACGUCAUGCAAGCCUCAUUCCAGCACUCGAAGACAACAUUCACCAAAUACAUGGCUGAGCCUCUGAACACAACAGAAACAUCGGCAUCACUUACUAAUCACAGUCCCAAUUACUUCGAGCAUGGUGGACACAUUUGGCAGAGAUCCGUGACCUACCUGGACGGAAUGAAUGUCAUAGGAAUCCUGCUGUUCUUCGCGGUGUUUGGUGUGAUGCUGAACAACAUGGGCGAAUCUGGCCGUGUGAUGGUGGACCUCUUCAACAUUCUGAAUCAAAUAACCAUGAACAUGACAAAACUGGUUAUGUGGUACAAUCCUAUAGGUAUACUGUUCAUCAUCAUGAAUAAGAUUCUUGAAGUACGGGACCUGGAAACAGCAGCUCAACAACUAGCGAUGUACAUGGUCACCGGUCUCAUUGGUUUGGCCAUCCAUGCUCUGGUCGUGCUGCCGGCGAUCUACUUCAUACUGACCAGGCAAAAUCCUUUCCGCGUGUCCCUUGGUCUGAUAGAGUCUCUUCUGACUGGUCUGGGUACAAGUUCCAGCGCAGCAGCCCUUCCUGUUACCUUACGCCUCUGUGAAGAGAAGAUGAAAUUCAACAAAACCAUCUGUCGCUUUGUGUUACCUAUAGGCGCAACAAUCAAUAUGGAUGGUUUGGCCAUAAUUCAGGCUCUGACACCGAUCUUCCUGGCCCAGAUGAACCACAGGAUACUCACAUUUGCAGAUUUAGUCGCUAUCAGCCUGUCUGCAACUCUGUCAAGUAUCGGUGCUGCAGGAGUCCCUGGGACAGGUUUCAUUACCAUGUUGGUUGUGGUUGCUGCCGUGGGUUUGCCGGUCGAAGAUGCUUAUAUCGUACUGGCUGUGGAUUGGUUCAUGUGA